ACCCCCACCCUCCUCCUACUCGUGCUAAAACGCAAAACCCCAAAGCAGCUCCACGAUCGAACAAGCACACUAGUCUCUCGAUCGAUCACCACAAAAACCAACACGAUCGAUCGAUCUCGAAAAUCAAAUCAGCGCAAGAAAGAUCAAGGUCGAUCGAGCAGCAGCAAAACUGAUCAUCGAGGAGAUCGAACGAGAGAUGGCGAUGGAGCCGAACAUGGCGCGUCGCCUGUGGCACGUGGUGCGCGCCGUGCUGUUCAUGCUCCGCAAGGGCAUGCCGAAGCGGAAGCUGGCCAUGGACCUGCACCUCCUCGUCCACCGCGGCAAGAUCGCCGGCAAGGCCCUCGGCAACCUCAUGACCGCCCACGGGCACAACAGCCACCACGACAGCAAGGCUGAGGCGGCGGCGGCGGUGCCUCCGCAGCAGCAGUUCUCGUCGUCCGGCCGCGGCCGCCGCGCACUCGACCCGUCCCUCGCCGUCUACAACCCGCGCGAGGUGGAGUUCAGCUGCAGCAACACCCCGUCCUACCCGUCCCUCCACCUCAACCUCAUCCCCACCGGCAAGCGCCGCCGCCGCAACAACAACAGCAGCAGCCGCCGCGGCACCCACCGCGGCGCGAACGGCGCCGAGCCCGGCUGGUACAACUACGACGCGGCCGACAUUGCCAGGGUCUUCGAGAUCCUCAACAACAACGACGGCGGCGGCGACACCAGCUCGGACCAACAACAACAACAACCGUCUCCCCUCGCGCUGAUCGCGACGCCGUCGCCGGCGAUGUGGGCGAGCUUUGGACGCACGCCCGCGCACGCGAGGAAGCUCAGGAUCACCGACUCGCCGUUCCCGCUCAGGGACGACGACGCGGCCGGUGGCCAGGUGGACCUGGAAGCCGAGGAGUUCAUCAAGAAGUUUUACGAGCAGCUGCGCACGCAGCAGAGCCUGGCCACCGCCACGCCGGACUACUACGGCGGCGGGUAUGCGCCACCGGUCUCUGGAAUCGCCUAGAAGCCAUGAAGCCAUAUAUAUAUAUAUAUAUAUAUAUAUGCAUCCACAUUCCACACACACACAUAUAUAUGUGUAUAUAUGUGUCCAUAGGGUAUUAGCUUGGAUGAACCUUAAUUUUGUUCAUAAGGUGUGAAGUGUGUGUCGUCUGUGCUAAACUCCAUAUACUACAUAUUAGUAGCAGUGUUUGUGCAUGCAUGCAUGGAUAAAAGCAUGUUCGUUGAGAGAGCAAGCUACUCAUAGAGCUAGUCUAGAGCUUGGUCUUGGUGAGGGAGAGAGAUGUUGCACAACAUCAUGUUUGCAAGCUAGAUCCAUGCAUGUAUAGUAUAUAUGUGUACACGGUAUGUGUAAAUUUUGUUUUGGCGCGGCAUGUAUUUUGCUGCCAGUAAUAAGAUAUAUAUGUUGCAAAUA